CCGAUAUACAUCAUAUCAGUGUCUCCUAUCUUAAUGAACUCCAUUGUCUUCGGGAUGUCGCGCACAACUAUUUUAAUUUCAUCUGUGCCUUCUGAUCACACCAGAAAAGCUUAAGCCAUCGCUAUUUCCGGUUGUGUACAUCGUCUUUUUAAAGUCCAAAUCACUUCAAAGUCUGAGUGUUGUGGAAGAGAGGAGAGUGAGACACGCCGUCCCUCUUGGAGAGCCUUGAAUGAUAAGACCCAGUGGCUGAUCAAAAGACAGAACGGCGAUGAGGAGCAGUGUGGCAAGAACUCCCUCCACCCACGCAAGAAUUACCUCUGAGGAAAACUUUACCGUAUUUGUGACGUUUAUGAAUAGUGCUAUGGUGCAAAAUUCAACUAUAUGAACAAAAAACAAUUUGCUUCUUGAGAAAAUACGUAUUCCAUUGUUCAAUCAACAGCAAGUUAACGAAGAGUGCGGAGAUAUAAUUGCUGAUCCACCAUGGCAGCUUUGUGUCCAUUCCCAAAAUGUUACGGACGUGACCAGAAAAUGAUAAAGUGUUUUGGGAACACUGGAUGAUAAACACCAAGUUUCCGAUUUUUUCUACUAACUUUGAGUCUCAAGUGUGUUUAUACCCGACGAGGAAAUGGUUAGUUUAGGAGAAGGAACGCUGAACUGCAACGAUUCGUGUUGUCAAAUGUCAUCCGGGAACGUUGUUUGUUUUGGCGAUUACAACUUUACAGACAGAGCGAACAUCACGUACCCCGAACAAUGGGAACUGGCGCUGAGGUGGACCUACGCCUCGAUAAUAAUGCUCGUGGCCGUGUUCGGGAACCUGACCAUCAUCAUCAUCUUGGCCAAAAACCGCAACCUGCUCCGCCACUCCAUAAACUGCUUCAUUUUGAACAUGUCAGUGGCGGACCUGAUCACCGCGCUGGCAGGCCCGAUCCCCUUCACAAUACGGGACACAGCCUACUUUUGGGUGCUUGGGAGGGCUUGGUGUCACCUAGAAGGAUAUAUACAAAAGUGAGUAGCAAUGCUGGUGAUGAUGGUGAGUGUGACAUCGCUGGCCACCAUCAGCUUUGAUCGCAUGAUAGGCGUCGUCUGGCCCUUCCAUACCCAUCUGAAGAUGUGGCAGUGUUUCGCUAUCAUCGUCAUUAUCUGGAUCGUAUCAGCCAUACUUGCCGUGCCUUUUGGCAUCUACAGAAUCUAUACAGUCCACCAAUGGCAAGACCUUACUGAAAUAACAUGCGGUGAGGAAUGCCCAAAAAAUUCAAGUCUGGUGGAUGGUCAACAUGAUCGGCCUAACGUGGCUGCCUCUCCUCAUCAUGCUCAGCUGCUACACCACCAUCCUUGUCUACUUCAGGAGCUCCGGAUUCAGGAGUCGGACAAAUAGUGAACACCCCUCCAUCACACUUAUGAAGCGACGCGUGGUGAUCAUGAUGUUCGUCAUCGUCAUUGCCUUCACGGUAUUUUGGUUGCCGUUCCAGAUACUCAAAAUCUGCGGCAAUCAGAUGUUUUUCGGCGAGGACGGCCAAAUUAAGAGUCCAGAAGCGCAGAAGAGUUACGACAUCCUGUACACAAUGUGCCACUACUUGAUUUACACCAACGUGGCGGUCAACCCAAUCAUCUACGCCCUCAUGCACCAAACCUUUCGCCGCGCCCUUCGUGUCACCUUCCCCUGUCUUUAUCAUCAUAAGUCUGCCUUUGUGCUGACGCCUGGCUUGGGCCGCCAGCACUACGUCUGGUCCAUGCGGUCCACUUCCAAUGUGUACAGUGAUGUGAUGGCAAUGUCAAGGCAAAAUCCUGAGGAGAGGAGGCGAAGGAUGAGGGCGUCGAGUGCUGUCGUUGGGUCAGCAGCCGUGGCCGCUUCUAUCGUCAUUGAAACUAACUCAGAAAAUCAGAGAGGUAAUAGCUCGGAGAGAUCUGGACAGCCUGAGACGACGGUGGUGCAGAACGAGACUGAAGACUGGAGGCCCAAUGGAGGGCGUCCCUUGGCUGAUGAGAGGUACGUGCGGGACUUGAGACCUAGGGAAAUAUCCAUCGUCAGCACGGGCGCCUUGGGGCAACUCAUCACGCAGGUCAUCGAGGAGGAAUCUUCAAGUGACGUGGAAGUGCUGGUGAUGCUGGUGAGUCUGGAGUCGCUUGCCACCAUCAGCUGUGACCGCAUGAUGGGGGUGGUGCGGCCUUUCCACACCCACCUCAAGACCUGGCAGUCCCUCGCCAUCAUCAUCAUUAUCUGGGUGUCUUCCGCCGUGCUCGCCGUGCCGUGGGGCCUCUACAGGGUGUACACGAUACACAUAUGGAAAGACCGCACGGAGACUAACUGCGGCGAGAAGGAGACGCUGUACAUGUGGUGGAUGGCGCUGGUGGGCCUCGCGUGGCUGUCGCUCGCUAUCAUGCUCGUCUCCUAUUUCACCAUCCUCGCCUAUUUUAGGCAUCCCAGCUUCAAGAAUUUCUCCAAAAGAGAACACCCCGUGAUGACUCACCUCAAGAAGCGGGUGGUGAAGAUGAUGUUCCUGGUGGUGGUGACCUUCGUGGUGUGCUGGCUGCCCAUACAGCUGCUCAACAUCUUCCACACCAACUUUCUGAAUGACUUCGGGAGCUUAAAGGAUGAUACCUCUAAGAGGAAUUACGCGGCGCUGAUGACGGUGUCCCAGUACAUGAUCUACGUGAACCCUGCCGUCAACCCAGUCAUCUACGGCCUCCUCCACCAGAACUUUCGACGCGCCUUCAGACUCACUUUCCCCUGCAUCUUUACACGGAAGUCCACUCUGGUCCUGACCCGCGGCCAAGGUGUCACCCGAUACAUGUGGUCUGUCAAAUCGACUGGCUCGCAGCCAAGCGUCACCGGCCAGCGCAGGCACUGCGGCGAGAGACAGGUACAACCUGAGCGCAACCCUGCAACGCCAAGUCGGAGGUUGAGUGGCUCCGAGACUCUCAAUGAUGAAGCGCAAAGAAACAGUCACGUCAGCAGUGAGGGUGAGCGAAAGAGGAGAAAGAAGUGCUGCAUUCUGAAACCUGGGCGUCUUGCACGACAGAAAUCUAAGAAAAAGGAUAGAUGGUCUCCUGAGAAUGACAAUGAUGAAAGAUGCUGCUCUGCAGGCUCUUCCUACGCCAAUGAAAAAUAUGUACGAGACUUGCCUCAGAAGAUUUCCAUUGUCAGCAAGGGCGCCCUGGGUCACCUUAUCACAGAAGUCAUCGAGGAGGAGACUUCGAGUGAUGCAGAGAGGGAGAGAGUCUUGUGAGAAAAGCGACAUUCUUGCCUAAUUUCAUCAAAGUAAAUUUAGCAAGGAUCGAAGUAUAUUAGUGUGAUAUUCAUAGGGAAGGACAGCCCAGACAUGUUCACUGGAUGUAGUGGAGACUUGUCUGACUCUUGCCAUAAAAAGGAAAUUACUGUUUGGAAGGUUGAGUGUAGUUGAUGGGUGAAGGGAAUAACUUUACAGGUGAAAUAUUGAAUUUAAGGCAUGAAAAUCUAUGAAAAUAUCCUGCAUGAUGUAAAUGUUGUUAUAUUUUCUUAAGUCUAUUCCUUAAUGCAUUGCCUGUGCUGGCGCGGGUGUGGAUAAACCUCUGAUGAUUAAAAAUAUUUUCUAGAUUCGUUAUCUUACGAUUCGAUAAUCCAUUUAAUUAGUCACAUUCAGACUUCAGGUUAAUGAGCAUCAUGUUGGUGACUUGGCUUCUUUGAGACGCAAAAAUAUCCUGAUGAUGGCAAGCGGGACUUCCUAAACAAAUUUUACGGAAACCAACCACUUGCUUAUCGACUCAUAAGAAUGUCUAGAAAAGGUCCUAGUUCGGCAAUACUUCUUUUUACAGAGUGGAAGUUGUUGCUUUUAGUUGAUUUUAUUACAUGACCCUGUAGAGAUAACAUAUGCGAGCAGUGACACAAUAAACAGAUUAUACAGGAAGCCAGUAGUAGUAAAUUGACAAUGGUUAUAGACUAUUUGACAAUGAAUAUGUAUCAAAGUCUUAUCUGCUAUCCAUGUCAUGUUUUUAUAAAUUUUUACUCCUCCA